CUCAAACCCGCUACGCAAUGAACAACAAUCAUCUCAAGAAACCGCAAAUUUCUCUCAGUUUCUCUCAAUUUUCCCGGAUGCCAAACAGUCCAGCGCAAUGUCUGGUGCGUGGGAAGACAAUGCUACCGACUCCGAUCGACAACCCGAGCCCGAUCAUGAAGAUUCCCACAUUAAUUUCGAUUUCUUCUCCGCCAUGGUUAAACCCAAGGAUUACUACAAAAUUUUGGAGGUCGAUUACGAAGCCACAGACGAUGACAUUCGAUCUAAUUACAUACGACUGGCUUUGAAAUGGCAUCCUGACAAGAAGAAAGACCACGAUAGUGCCACCUCCAGAUUUCAGGAAAUAAACGAGGCAUAUCAAGUUUUGAGCGAUCCUUCCCGAAGGCAGGAAUACGACGAGAAAGGGAUGCUUUAUGUAAAUGAUUUUAACAUAGUGGAUUAUCUCAAGCGAUACAAAGGCCUUAUUUUGACUUGUAAUGGCCUCGGUAUGAAGCAUUCAAUUUGGUAAAAUUKAACAUUCCCACAACAUUUUAAGGAUCUUUUUUGGCCCAUCUGUCAUAGUUUCAAGCGAUCUUUUUUUAGUUUUGAGACACUUUUCCCAUCUUUCUCACUGAACUAUGACUAUGUACAUAUGACAUUUCUUUGUAUUUUUGUUUUAUUUGUAUCAUAUGUGCAACAAGUGUAGCUUUUCAGAGACGAGUAGUCUGACCAGAUAUAUUUUUAAUUUUAUUUAUUGACAAAAUGGAGGAGGGUCACUUCUGAAAGGUGUAUUUUUAA